UGGUUUUAUAUUUAUGCUUUUUUAUUGGUGCAGGUAGCCAACCCAUAUGUAAAUAACAUUAAUUAAUUUAAAAGGGAAUAAAUGAAGGCGUCUAUAAGAAUUGUUAGGCAUCUAAAGUGGAGAAGAUGAGAAACAAUUACAAACUUUAUAAAGAGGGAGCGAAUACAAAGUGAGAGUUGCAAUGAGAAGGAGUCCUUGCAGCUCUAAAGGACUAAAUAGAAAAGCUUGGACAGCCACUGAAGACAAAAUGCUCACUGAAUACAUUAAGGCUCAUGGUGAAGGCAACUGGAGAAACAUUUCCAAAGAGGCUGGUCUUAAGAGAUGUGGGAGGAGUUGCAGGCUUCGGUGGCUGAAUUAUUUGAGGCCUGAUAUCAAAAGAGGUAAUUUAACUGAAGAUGAAGAAGAUCUCAUCGUCAGACUCCACAGACUUUUAGGCAACAGAUGGUCUCUUAUAGCAGGGAGACUUCCAGGGCGAACAGACAAUGAAAUUAAAAAUUACUGGAACACCAGAUUGUCAAAGAGGGCACAGCCAAAACAACAAAACCAUUCAAAAAUUGAGACGAAAUCUGUGGUCACAACAGUUAACGAGGCCCCUUGCUCGGGUGAUAUCCGGUCCAAGGAGGGGCGAUGCAGCCGUAAUUUGGUGACUUUACAGCAACAAGAUAAAACUGAAAAUCGUAAUGCAGUUGAGGCCUCAUCCAUGGCUGCAGAAUCUGAGUCUAAUGAAGGCUCAUUUUCAUUCCUAUCCAAAGAAGAAAAUUCCUCCGAUUAUAUGAUAGAUUUUGAUUGGGGGGAUAUAAACCUUUCAGAAAUUCUUGUUUCCAGAUUCAACAUGAUUAGUGAUUUUGAUGAUAUUGGUACUAUGGAUAAUGUAACAGAAGGAACAAUGAUUAAGAAUGAAAGCGAGGCCAAAGUAGCAGGUGAGGCAUUUCUAGUAAAUGAGAAAAUGGUAGAGAUUGGGAACGAUGACAGCGAUUGUUUUGAAGCUAAGAAGGAAUCAGAUUUUGGAUCUCUGGGUUCAUUUUACUAAUCUUUUGAGGAAUAUUUAUUGUUCUAGUUUAUUAUUUUAUAUUCUUGGCAUCAUUAUUUGGCCAAGUCUCGUGUCAUAGUAAUAUUAGUGUUAUUCCGUGAAGACUCAUCGUCAUCAUAAUUUGUCUGAGUCUAGAUUAAUUAUAUACAUGCAUGAAUCUCAGUCUCAAUCUCAUCGAUCAAAUGCCAGUUGUGCCUCCAUCUUGGUCGUGCCUGUGGUGUCUCCUUUUUAGUUUUGUUAUUUGUUUUGUUCCAUUGUACUCAGGACACCACUGCUUAGGUGGGCCGUCGCUUACGCUGCUUCGUCAUUCAUGUGUUACGAUUGUACGCCUAUUUAAAGGCUUCAGCAAGUGAAUAAAUGCAGAUCAUAUGUCCCUGUA